UGUAUACUGGAUGCCUGUAGAUCCUGUAGGUACCUUAAGUAUACCUUAAGAUGGCAUAUUUUCACAGGCAGAUUUAUCUGCGAUUUCACUGUUUACGGUAUUGUGAAAUUAAUGUUAUUCAUAUAGUGGCUAUAAUUAUUCAUUUUCUAAUUAUCUGCGAAUAAAAAUGUUGCAGCAAUAGCAGAAAUUAAUACCCGCGAAAGUAUAUCACCUUAAGUACUGUAAUACUGUAAUACUGAUUGUGCUAUGUAUUGUACUGUAAAUGCGUGGGUGGUGAAAGAAUGCACGCUACUGCUAAUCAUGUGUGGCAGUGUGUAUUGUGUGUGUGUUCAUAUAAAUUAUACAUGUUUGCAAUAUUGUUAGUUCCGGUAUAGAUAUACUAACCAGUGGCUUACUACGACUGUUUAAGCAAUGUUGUACAGACUUUCAAACUGCCAUAACUCAUAAAAGAAAGGACCAGAUCUGGAAACUGACUGCACUGGCUUUUGUGUGUGUAUGUAUAUUUCCUGUGUCUAUUUACCGUGCGUAUAUACACAUGCAUAUGAUUUUAAUCAUUAAUUUUAUCAAUAACUUUUUGAUUACCGAUUUCUUAACGAAACAGUUGCUAUAGAAACUCAGAGUGUUAUACACAAAAUAAUUAGAUCAAAAUGGUUAAUGAUUUGUGAAAUUUUACUAGUUAGCAAGUUCUCUUUGAAGCCUCUUAGCCGUGUAUUUAUCACCUCUUUUGAUCUAGUCGACAUCAUAGCAUUCCUACUAACCAUCUAGAUAAAGUAAAAAUUCAUUGGUAGUUACAUAAAAUGAAUCAAGGUUAGAUAGACUAUAUUCGCUGUUUGCUCUACAACUACUACCAUCAUCAUUCUCCACAAGCCAUAUCGUCAUGACGUCUCGAAUCUCUUUGCUCUCUGCUAGAUCUGAUUUUGCUAGCAGUUCCAGCACUCUAUUCUUUGCUAAGAGUGGCUUUGCCUCCAUCCACAAAGCUGUGGCUAAGAACAAUCAUGUUCGUGUCAAGAUUCUCCUAGGCACGGCUACAAACCAAGAAAGGCUCACCAGGGACAAACGAAGGAUGACUCCAUUACUAGUAGCUGCUACGUUCGGUUCCACUGCAGCUUUCCAAAUACUGAUGAACUCUGGAGCAAAUUUCAAAGCUCGAUCUGCUGAUGGUUUAACAGUCGUACAAUGUGCCGCUGCUCAUCGCCAUAGUAGCAUUAUUCUCUCACUAAACUCGGAACAUCUUCUCUGUGGCUUGCAAGAAAUCUUCGAAUAUUUGAGUUCAUUUCCUGAGAUGAAAGAAAUGCACAAUACUCUGAUAGUACUCGAUCAUGCCAUUGCGGCUCGGGUGUGUGUGGGCGGAGUCAACAGCACAACACUACAAGAGAAGAUCUUACAAUGCAAUGGGCUGCAUGUUCUAGCCGACAUCUUAGACGUGUGUACAAGAAACGACUCUGAAACCAUGAUGAAUCUAAUUGGUACCGUGGCAGUUCAAAUCAUCGAGAAAUUGUCCAGCUGUGUUUUAAUAGUCCCUGGAAUCCUCACCACUUCAAUUCCACACAGCGUUGUCAUUGCAAUGCAGACGAACUCUGAGACGCUAGUAUCUGCCCUUGCUAUUUUGAAGAAGAUGACAAAAGAAGUUUUUCUAGAAUUAGGAGCUCCUUCGAUUAUCAUGAACAUUGCUAUGACCUCGCAGAGCGAACACGAACGAGAGGUUACCAUAGAAAGCAUGUGCAGUAUUACAGAUAUGGCACAAAUCUAUUACGAGCUUGGUUUUCUACAAAAUAUUCUCCAGCUACUCAAAAGACCAUCGCUAGGUAACAAGUUCUUACUUAUCAUUCUAAAUUUAUUGAAAGUCAUGAUAAACGUUGGAGGGAAGGUUCUAAUAGAAAUUGUUGAAGUUGGAUUUAUGCAAGUUUUAUUGGAACAUUUUAUGAAUCAGAGCACCGUGGUUACUAUCCAAAUAAUGUCAUUGCUCAGAACUUUAUGUUUAAAUAGCGAUAAAGCACGUAGUAUUAUCACAAAAUCAAAGCAAGCUUUACAAAAACUAAUCCACCUGUCGAGGUUCUAUUUAAAUCAAGAUUCCAAAUUUGAAUCGUUUGAAAUUGUCUGGUUGUUAGCUGAAAAUUCGGACAAAGAGAGAACGGGUUUAGCCUGUUUGUUAGGGUCGGCUUGCAUCAUGCGUGUUUUGAGUGUAGGGAGCAGCCAGUUCCAGUUCAUAGCUGUCACGAUGCUUAGACUCAUAUCCCCAGACGUGUACGGACUACAAGACGAAAUAACAGGCGCAGGAGGUGUGGCUUCAAUUCUCAAGCUAAUACGAUUAGCUAGUAGUGAUGUUCAACUAGAAGCACUGAAGGUGUUGGAAAAUCUAAGUUACGACAUUGCUUUGCGAACGAAUAAAAACACUCAAAAAUCUAUAUUGGAAUUGGGCGCUAUUCAACUUUUGCUUAGACUAUAUUCAACAACUAAAGAUGAUAGACUGAAGCUUCAGGCUUGCUGUACGCUAGCCGCUGUUUCCAUUGGCAACCCAGCUAUGAAAAUAACUAUUAUUCACGAUGCGAAAUUCUCUCUCAAAGAAUUAAUCGAAGUAAUUGACAGACCUCAACAGGACCAAACUGUGCUGUGUACAGCGAUGAGAGCGCUCUGUUACUAUGCAUACAAUAGCACCAAAACGCAAUUGAGCAUUUGCGAGGUCAAAAAAGUGUCAGUUGAACCUUUCAGAAAUUUAAUGUCUAGCAGAGACAAAUUUGUGAGCUCACUAUCCGCCUUUCAACUUAUUGUUUUGGUGAGAGUACUAGAAACUAAAGAAGACAAAACACAAAUAGUAGCUAAUAGUUUGCGACUUUUGAUUAACGAGCUUGAGUUAGCAGUAGGCCGGGAAAAUAUCUCACUACAGGUUCAUAUUUGCUCCUUAUUGAGUGCUUCACUGCACAUUCGUGUUGGUCUGCCAAAUGCUGUGCUUGCGUAUGGUGUAGCAUCAAUCCUCACCAGACUAUUGCUGUCUGACAUCGAGCAAUGUCGUAGAACGUCCGCCAUUACACUCAGCUACCUCACACUCACCCCCAGAGGAUCCAGAACCAUUCUUGGCUAUUGCAGAAAGUCUCCACGGCUAUUCCAACUAUUGAAACGGCACAGUGCUGGCUACGUUUUGUCGGGAAGUUUUCUGGAGGGUUGGGAGCACUACCGAACUACUCACCUCCUCCGAGCGGAGAGGGGGUGGGCUGUACAAGAGGAGGAGUUAGUGGCAGCACCAAUGGCAGAAGCUAAAGUGUUCGGGUCUUGGUGCAUUGACUGUGACACUACAAUUCUAAUCAAAGAUGACAGAAAGACCCCCUCUGAUGAUUAUACCCCCCACCCUGACAACAGUAGACCACCUCUAAUAUCCAUCGAAACUUUGAGUUCUUCGCCUAAGACACCAUCUUUCGCACACGGACAGCAGCUGCCUCUCAGUAAUGCCUCGAGGCCGGACAGUACAUUACAGUCACUCAAACUGCCUAGUAUUGCUGUCAAUAACCACUUGGUUGCUCAUUGUUUUGCUGAUACGUAUAAAAAUCAAUUUGAAAUAUGA